AUGCCAAAAUCGUUGCUAUCUCUUAUUUUCAAUAUUUGUUUCGUGCUGAUGUUCAUUGCUCGAACAGUUAUAACCUAUGAUAACACCAUAAUUCAACUAUCAGUUUAUCCUAAUCAUGGCUUUUCACCAGAAAAAAUUGAAGUUCGUUGUCAAAUCACUGAACCAUCAAACUAUAAUAAUAUAUAUCUAUCAGUGCAAACAGAUAAUGUUAAACCAUCAGGUAUAAUUCUUAUGGUUGAUAAUACUAUCAAUCGAUGCCGAACAAAUAAAAAACAAUAUAUUAAUGUCAAUAUUUGUAAUUCAUCAUUGAUACUUGUUCACAUAAAUCAUAUAAUUCUUAAUGAUACUCUUGAAAGAAUUGAUUAUGUAUGUAGCCAAGGAGAAGUUGAUGCAAUAAGUUCAUAUAGAUUGUUAAAAGAACAAGUAGCACGUUACUCGGAUUUUAGUAACAAUAAGAACAUCAACAAUUCAUCAUCAACGUUGAAACACACAUUUUUUCUACUGCUUUUUAGCCUUCUGACUGUACGAGUAUUGACAAUAGAUGGACUUCGAUGA